GUUUUCAACUACGAAUCAAUAUGCAACAAUAUUUUUUUUAAUUUCUAAUUUUUUGAUAUACGUUGAUAUGCAACAUUUUACGAAAGAUAACAACGAUGCACAAUUUUUAGUGCAACAUCUAGGAUUCAAUGGACAACAACUUUCUAACGUUGAUGAAGGUGUAAAUAUAAAAUUCGUUCAAUUACCAAUCAAUCCGAAAAAACAAAAUUUCCAGCAAAUUAGCAGUGCUAACAAUAAUUUUCCCAAUCACCAAGUCCAUUUUAUAAGUCCACCACCGAAAUUACAACAAAAUUUUCAAUUUCAAGCAUUGGAGCCGGAAGUAAGGAAUGCAAUACCACUUUUUCCUGUAGCACCAGCUCGAGAUGCAUUACAACGACAAAAUAAUUUCAAUCAACAACAACAGUUACAACCAAUAAAGUAUUAUACAUCAAUUGUACCAGCAAGACAGCAACAAUUGAAUUCAUUUCCACCACAAUUUCAACAACAAACCCUAAAUAAUCAACAGCCACAAGGUAGAGAUGAGUUCGUACCGUUGUCGCCCAAUCAGUCAUUGCCACCGGAAUUGUUCAGAAUGCAAACAAAUUUUUUGCCUCAUCCAAGAACUAAUUCAGCUGCUGGUGAUGAUUUUGUACCAUUAACAAAUUCUGAUACCAGAACGGGUUCUAAUGGAAGUAUAAAUCAAUUCGUACCCCUUCAGCCCAAUGAACCACAACCAAGAGAAGUUUUUAGACAACAAACAAAUUCUUUGAAUCAACCAGCGAAGACUUCAGUAGAUACUGAAUUUGUACCAUUGCUAGUAUCUGAUCCUAGCUUCAGGGAUGAUACAAAAGGCGCAACAACACCAAAUCCAGCUCUUUGCAAAGAUUGUUGUAAUCCGAAUGAAUCACCUUGUACAAAAUGCUGCGAUAUUAGUCCAUUAUUAAGUCCAGCUGUAUUAAAGUCAUCAGGUGGAUAAUUUGACAAAUGAUAACUAAUUAGAAGCACAAUAAUAAUAACCAAUGUAGAUAUAAUAUAUAUAAGUUAGAAACUAAUAAAGAA